GUUCUUAAUGAAAACAUCUGUCUUUUGUCUUUGGGUGACAAAAAAGUUGAUGCAUCGUUCGAAUUCGAGCAAUAAACAAAAUCUGUAAAUUCGUAAAUAAAAACAGCAAAAAUGAGUAAUUCAACUAUUUCGGAUCAAUCCCUGAUGGAUAAAUCAAUGCGAAGUGUCUUUGUCGGAAAUAUUCCGUACGAAGCAACAGAGGAGAAUUUAAAGGACAUAUUCAGCGAGGUUGGACCAGUUCUCUCGUUCAAGCUAGUUUUUGACAGAGAAACUGGAAAGCCUAAAGGAUAUGGAUUUUGCGAGUAUAAAGAUCAAGAGACUGCGCUUAGCGCAAUGCGUAACUUGAAUGGCUAUGAAAUAGGCGGAAGAACACUGAGAGUGGACAAUGCUUGCACGGAAAAAAGUCGGAUGGAAAUGCAAAGCCUGCUUCAAGGACAGAACACUGAAAAUCCUUACGGCGAAGCAGUUCAAGCAGACAAGGCGCCAGAGGCCAUAAGCAAAGCAGUUGCAUCUUUACCUCCUGAACAGAUGUUUGAAUUAAUGAAACAGAUGAAGCUAUGUGUGCAAAAUAAUCCAAACGAAGCCAGGCAAAUGCUACUACAGAACCCACAGCUUGCUUAUGCCUUACUUCAAGCCCAAGUUGUAAUGAGAAUCGUUGAUCCUCAAACUGCAGUCAAUAUGCUACACAAAGCCAACCCAAUUCCUGGUGUUAUUUUACCAAAUGAUAAGCCAUCGCUGCAUCCUAUCGUUCCAAGAAUCGAAGAACCCUGGACUCCUCGACCUACACCAACACCGAUCAAUCCACCUGCUCCAAUUUUUGCUGGGCAGGACGUGGAUCUGCGUACUUUAGAUAGACAAAUUGAUCCAAGGCUGGCUAGAAUGGAUCAAGACUUACGAGGGCCACCCCAGGUCCCACCUGUUCCUGUCAGUGCUCCGGUUAUAGCUCCUCCAUCAGAUCCACGAGCUGUACCACAGAGCUUUGCUCUUCCCGAACCCACUCUUCCAGCGGAGGGUAUAGAGAGUUUUGGUCGUGAUCCGAGAGCUGACAGAUUCGGACGAGAACCACGAGAACCACGAGACCCACGUGACCCUAGGAUGCCAGUUGAUCCCCGCAUUCCCAAAAUUAAUCCACCGGCUCCUGGGGCAACAUCUGUCCCACCCAGACCCAUUGUGGCAACACCAGUGCCACCACCUACAACAAGUGGUAUUAACCCUACUAAUCCGCUCAGUCUCUCUACACCCAGUACUGCUACCUCAAGGUUAAUGGCGGGGAUGUCGCCUGCCGGUAACAUUCCAAGUGGUGCUUCUGACCAGGAAAAGGCGGCAUUAAUCAUGCAAGUGCUACAGUUAUCAGAUGAACAGAUUGCUAUGCUUCCUCCGGAACAAAGGCAGAGUAUUUUAGUGCUCAAGGAACAAAUCGCGAAAAGCACUCAACGUUAACAACAUUUUUUCAUCAAAUCAUGAUAAUUAUAUUUUAUCCGAAAAAAACUCGCCAAUUUCAAUAUUUAAGUACGUCACGGAACAUGUUAUGUGUAUUAACUGCAGAUUGUUUUAAGAUUCG